UCUUACGCCGGUGUAUAAACACUCAGUUCGUUUAUACGAAUAUUGGAUGCGAAAAUUGCGAAAGGCGUCUUGUUGUUAAACAGCUAAAUAAGCUUGAAAUCAAAACAUUACAAUGGAAGAACUGGAAAAUUCAUUUGCAACCAACGCUUGGUCAAGGGCAGAGACAAUAGCGCUAAUUCAAGAAUUUCGUAAACAUCCGUGUUUGUACGAUCCUUCACAUCCAGAAAAUACGAAUUUAAUAAAAAGAAAACAUUCCUAUAUUUCAAUUUUUAAUAAAUUAAGCGCAGUAAAGACCGGUCUAAGUAUAAAUAAAAUAAAAGCGAAACUAAAAAUUUUGCAUACUCAAUUGAAGAAAGAAGUGAAAUUAGCCUCUCUUUGUCAAAAGGAUCAUGGAAAUUACAGGCCGACCUUGUGGUGUUACAAGGAAAUUUCCUUUCUGCGUGAUUUUAUCAAAUAUCAGCCAAAAGAAGAAUAUUUGGAGAAUGUAGAAGAUAACACUAUGUCGUUGGAAGAUAAUGAUAGCAAGAAUUUCCCAUUGUUAACUAUGCAGUCUUCAAUAGAUUCACAUAUAACUGAAAGUUUAGAUGAAAUGAGCGAAGAUGAUGAAGGAGACUCUGUAAAUACUUGCAGCGUUGUAGACAAUGUUCAACAAAAUCAUGUCCUUUCUCGUCUAAAUGUAGUGGAUUCAUUUUGUAAAUAUUUAUGUACUGAACUGCAAAGAGUGCACGAGGAGCAAACGUUGGACGAUCUCAAAUUACAGAUUUUGAUUCUAGUUAGAAAUGCCAUUAAAAAGGAAAAAAACGUGUUACAAAAUGGAAAUCAUUAAUUAAUUUUCUA